AUGGCACGAACACAAGCAUCGCGGAGAGCUCAGAGUAGAUCUCAAGCAAUAGCCCAGGCACCAGGUCAGGCUCAAGCCCAAGCCCAGCCUUCAGCCCAAACUCCAACACAAAGUUCAACCCAGCCUGCACAACAAACGCAGGCGCCUGAUCAGGGCCAACCAGCCCAGCAGAACCAAGGCCCAGCCAAUAAUCGCCCGGCCCGUCACAUCUCUGGACCUCAAUCAGCCUUGACUGAUUAUUUGGCUUCCCAUAACAUAUCUGCAAACCAGAUCCGUCGUGAUGCUGACAGGCGCCGUGCUGCUGCUGCACAGAGCCAACAAGCUCAGCAAGAUGAAGAUGACGAAGAAGCCGGCCCAUCGACCGGGCCCAAUCCUGACUCCCGCAAUGAGACGGCAGCAGAGAAAGCUAAGCGCAAGAAGAAGGAGCAACAGGCCAUUGCCAAGAUCAAGGCCUCCAAGGCCUUCAAGAAGCGAAAGCGUGCCGCUGAGGAUUCAGAAGAUGAAGAUGACAUCGCUCGAGCUUUGCUGGAACAGAUGUCUCAGCCCAUGCCUGGCCAGUUUGACAACUGUGACAUCUGCCAGAAGCGCUUUACAGUUACACCGUAUUCUCGUCCUGGGCCUAACGGCGGCCUUCUUUGCGCCAAAUGCAGCAAAGAUGCUGCCGCCGACGACAAGCAUGCCAAUAAGAAGCCUCGCAAGGCUCCCGCAGGAGGGGGUGGACGUCGUAAGGUUCAAAGCAACAUUCUAGACGGCACCUACCAUACCGGCGCGAAAAGGUUGACAACACUGUGUAUUGAGACGCUGGCCAAGAAUGUCGACCUUGCCGAUAGCUUGGGUGAGCUCCCUGACCAUAUUGUGGACAGAAUUGCUCGGCUGUUCUCCAAACGUCGACUCCUCAACCCCCAGACUUUGGCGCUAUUUCUUCAGCCCUCAACCUCCUUCAUCAACAUCUAUGAUGGCGCCAAGCUGACUACAGAUGACUACAUGAGCAUUUUCCAGGUUGCCAGUAAGCUUAAGGAGUUUAAGUCUCGCAAUGCGAUCCAGUUCAAGGACUCGGUUAUGGACUACCUACUGGAUCGCGAUACGCAGCUCAAAUCCUUCUAUCUCCAUGGUGCCAACCUUCUCAGCGACGACAUGUGGGCCAGGCUCAUUAAGGAGAGGGGUACUCACCUAAACACUAUUCGGGUGUAUUAUACAGACAGGCAUUUUGGAGACGAGAUAUUGGCUUUGCUUCCAACCAACUGCCCUAACCUCACUCGCCUCAAAGUUUACCAUAAUCAAAAAGUUACCAACAUCGGUAUCGAAGAGAUUGGUAAAAUAAAGAGCCUGAAGCAUUUGGGCCUCCACCUGCAACAUCGGAUCGAUUCCAAAGUCAUGUCAUCCACAAUUCUCAGCAUCGGAGAACACCUGCAGACACUUUCCCUACCACUUUUUCUUGACGCCACCGAUGAGGUCCUUGCUGCUAUCAAAAAUUCUUGCCGCUCUUUGAAGAAGCUUCGAAUUAGGGACAGCGACAGGCUGACCGAUGCUGGCUUCGUCGACCUUUUUACCGACUGGGAAAAUCCGCCACUCGAGAAGAUCGAUUUUGAGAAGUGCCGUCAUGUGGAUUCCAAUAAACCCCGAGAAAACCCGUCCGACAUUGGUCUCUGUUCUAAUGGUUUCCGUACUUUGAUGAAGCACUCUGGGCGUAAACUCAAGGACUUAAAUGUACACGGUUGCCGACAUAUCACGCGAGAGGCUCUCGAGGAUGUCUUCUCGGAAGAGAAUAGCUACCCGGACCUCCUUAAACUUGAGAUCAGUUUUCUAGAGGAGGUCGAUGACUUUGUGGUUGGUUGCGUGUUCCGCAGCUGUCCAAACAUCAAGGAGGUCAACGUAUUCGGUUGUAUGAAGGUCAAAAAUGCUCCAGUACCAAGGGGCAAAGUUUUGGUUGGCGUACCGAAUGCAGUGGGCAUGGUUAUCGAAGGUUCUGCCGAUUAA